AUGAGAAAGAGCACUGCAAAGUGGAUCUGCCUUUUUGUUAUCGUUUACACAAUUGCAGCAAAGAAUAUAAUGAGUAUAAAAAAGAAACUUUUAUUUAACUACUUCGGAAGUAAGAAAGUGUUAGUUCUAUUGAAUAUAAAAAAAAAAAGUGUAAUACAUUUGAAGAAGAGUUACUUGAGCAAUUUGGUGUACACAAAAGAAGAUGAUAUAUAUAGAAUAACUAAUCUUGAGAAUUCUUAUGUUGGAGCUGCUGUUAAACAAACGGGAAAAGAGACGGUCGAGACAGUUGAGACAUUCGGACAGGAGGGACAAAGGUCAGCUGAGGGGCGUGGUAAUAACAUAAUAUCGAAUAGUAAUUUGGACAAUGAAGAGUUUUCUUCUAGGUUUUCUAUGAAUUAUGAACAAGAGAGAGGGGAAAAUAAACCAAAUGGAGGAGAUAAAGAUAAACUGUUAAAUUACCGAGAAAGGAAAAAUACAGUGUUGGAAGGUGUAGAAGGGAUAGAGGAAAAAUUGCUGAAGAGUAAGGAGAAGAUAAGGAAAAAAUUCGAACCGUCUGACUAUGAACUGAGGCUGUACAAGAACAAAUGGAAAAUUCCAGUUUAUUGGAUAAAGAAAUUAGAGAAAUUAAAAAAUAUGAAUGCAAUAAAUUGUAUAGAAUAUUUACGAGAUGAUAAUUUAUUAUAUUUUGAUAAUUAUAAAAAUAAAGGUUUGUUAAAAUUUUUAAAUGAUGAAAAAAAAAAAUAUAGUAAUUGUAUAAUAUUAUUACGAGUAGGGGAUUUUUACGAGACAUAUGGAUUAGAUUCCAUAUUUUUAAUUGAAUUUUUAAAUAUAAAAAAGAUGAAUAAUAAAUUAUCAUGUGGAUUUAUUAAAACUAGUAUUAACAAAGCGUUGCAUAUACUAACAAGUAAUAAUUUAAAUAUAUGUGUAUAUGAAGAAAUGAAUGAAAAAUCGUUAAAAAUGAAGAAAAGGUACCUUUCUCAAAUUGUAACCCCUGAAUUCCCAAUCUAUUUAAACAACAUACAAUAUUGCCACACAGAAGAGGAUUCAAGCAGUAGUAAUAAUAUGAAUGAUUCAAGUGGUAGAUUAAUAAAUUCAUUUUACAAUUCCUACGAUUUAGAGGAUUAUUUUGUUGCAAAGGAAAUUGUGUGUAUAUAUAUUGAAAGCAAGAAUAUUUUCUCAUUAAGUAAAAUUAAUUUAAGCUUAAAAAUUAUUUCCGUUUUUGACAACAUCACAUUUGAUGUCUUGAAUGUUUAUUUGAAAAACACAAAUUUUUUAAAAGUUUACAUACAUCAGCAUCACAACUCAUCCUUCACUAACAAAAUUACACAGUUAUUCAAGGUGGAGAAUUACUAUCUCUUUAGUAACUUCAAUUCUAGUUUACAUUUUCAUUUGUUCAUUUUGGACAAGCUCAAACAGCAGAUAAAUGUGGGAGGCUUGUUCAGGCUCAUAAAGAACAAAAACGUUUUCAAUGUUCAUAAUAAAAGCGGUGUAAUAAAAAUAGAUGAUAAAGACAUGGUAGAUGGAAAAUUCAACACUUUGGAAGAAUCUCAAAACGAAAAUUAUAAAGGAAGACACGAAAAGCUAAGAAAAAAUUCCCAAGAGGAAGUACACGAUAUAGAAGAAAGAAAUAAAAUGAUGAAUAGCACUCCACCUGAGUUGCAAAUCGAGAAUAAUGAGUACUCUUACUAUUCAUACUGCACCCCAUUAAACAUAUUCACAAGCUAUAACAUGGGAAUAUACAAACAGAACAAUUACUACGAUAACAGGAAUAACUAUCUAUUUUAUAACAUAAUAGAUGUGAACAACAGCGAUUCUAACAGUAUUAACAUUAAUGAAUCUAUGGAAUUUUUUAAAAAUAUUUUUUUAUUUUACCCGCCCUUUGAAGUUACGAAACAUAUAAGGUACAUAAAUGAGUAUAUAUACAAGAACCAACAGAAUUUAAUCAUACCUAAUGUAAGACCGUUUAGAAAUAAUAUUAUUAUAACUCUUUUAUCAAAUCUAAAAGCUGAUCAUCAUAUUUUGAAGAAGAUAUUUACAAAUGUAGAAUCUGUACAGAAAUGUAUGAACCGAUUUGAUUACUCCUUUUUGACAUCCAUUUUUCAUGUACUAAAUCAUCAGAACUGUUUUAAAUUAAAUAUUGUGAAAUUUUAUCAACUGUUAAUAAAUAUACAAAAUAUACUAGCAUCCAAUUUGGAAUUAUCUCCAAGUAAUUUUUCUUAUCAAUCUCAAAUUCCAGCAUUUAACGAAUUCGUUUUUUAUCACGAAAAUGAGGUGCAUAAUUUAAUUAAUCAUAAAUUACUGAAUGAACAAAAUAAGGAAGUUGAAUAUGCUAGAAAAGAGUUACUUGAACGUAUUUUGUUAGAUUAUGCCGAAUUUGAUAAUAAGGAGGGGGGUCAAAAAUACGACCAUGAUUUUCUUAACAAGCUCAUAAAAGUGGACAAUACAAACGACAUUAUAGGAAUUAAAAAAAAAAUAAUAAAUUCCAAAUCGGUACAUCUGUUUCACCCUUUAAAUAAGAAAUCUGAAACUAUGAAAAAUAUCUAUGUAACUGAACAUGUUCAGAAAAAAAUCAAAGCCUACCUCUCUGCCAUUGACAGGAAGAAGCGUCGAAUUAACGACAUCAUUCGAAGGGUAAAUGUGCAGUUGUCUUCCUGUGUGCACAUCCUUUCCUUUGUGUCUAACUUUCUCCAGAUCGUUCAGGCCCUUUACAACCACACGAUAAACAGCAUAAAACGGAGAUGGAGUUUACCAAUUUGUAAGCACCUAAUGGUGACGUACGAAAAAGAGACAUUCAGAAACAUGGAUGAGAAAUUACAGUGGAUUCAGAAAUGUCUAUACAAAGAUGAAGAAAGUACAGGAGGAAAUAAUAAAUCAGAUUUGAGAAUAGAAACCCAAGUUGAAAAAGAUAAAAGAGAGUGUAAUCAAUCUGGUGAUAAUAAGGGCCAUGAAAAUUUUGUUUAUUUGAGUGAAGAAGAAGAGAACAGAAUUUCAGAAAAUGUAGAUCAAGAUUCUGUAGGAGAAAUAAAGAAAAUUUAUAAAAACAAAAAUUACAUGAACGAUUCUCUUACGUACAUUAUAGGGGCAAAACCGUAUAAUAUGAAUAAAGACAAUUUGGUAAAAUAUGAUAUUUUUUUAAAAAAAAAAAAGUUUAUUUUAUUAACAGGAAAAAAUAUGAGCGGCAAGACGACAUUGUCCUUUACUCUGCUGUGUAUCCUUUUUUUAGCUAAUCUUGGCAUGUUCGCUCCCUGUGAGGAAAAAAGUAUCAUUUCGAAAUUUCGCGAAUUUUACAGUUUAAAAAAUGUAAAUUAUCAAGAACAGAUAGAAAAUAUGUCUCUAUUCAGGGAACAAACAUAUUAUAUAAAUUCGAUAAUUGAGGAGAUAAGAGAAAAUUAUCCCUUCUCCAAGAAAUCUGCAAGGGAUGGGGAGAUUUUCAUUCUCUUCGAUGAGCCCUGCAUAGCCACCACGCCCGUUGACAAUGCGAUAAUAAUAAGUGCCCUUUCGGAUUAUCUGAAGAAUUACUGUGGAAUAAUAAUUACACACAAUUACGAUUUGCUGAAGAAAAGUUGCUUAAAUGAAAAUAUAAUUUUUAAGAAGAUAAAUGAAAACAUCAACUAUUUGAGGAUUCCAAAAUGUGAACAAAGGGCUAAAUUAGAAAACGGAAUUUGUAAGAACAGUGAAGCAUUAGACACUUACAAACAUACAAAAGUAGAUGACAAGGUGAUGGAACUUUUAUUUUUUUAUGAAAAAAAGUAUAAAGUAAUUCAUAAUUUAAGUAACAGUCUAUAUUACAAUUUUUUGGAUUAUAUAAAAAGUAAACGUGAUAAAAAUGGUAAAAAAAGCACGAACGAUUUUUUUGAACAAUUUAUAAGUAACAAUGUGGAGAAGAAUGAGGCGGGAUAUGGAGAGGAGGCACACAGACGUGACCAUUCCAUUGAUGCGAAAAUGUUGGACGAUAUACUAGAGUUGGAAAAUUUAAAGAGUAAGAAUAAUUACUUUACAUUUUUAGAGGGAAGAGAUGAUCCUGAUGAUGUGAUGGUUAAAAGUAGUGAAAAAUUGAAUCAGAUAUAUGAAAGGACAUAUGAGGAAAGCAUACCUAAUUGUAAUGAUAUGCAAAACUUGGGAAAUGAAAUUUUGGAGGCCAAAAAGAUUUUUGAAAUUUAUGAAAAAGAGUUAAAUAGAACAAUAGAACAAAUCGAAGAUGUAGUUAAAAAAAAAUUGUUUAAAAUUGGGAUGAAUGAAGAUGUCCCCAUUUUUUUUAAAAAUAAAAGUGUAGUUUAUAUUCUUUGCAUAUUUGCAAAAAAAAGAGAAAAGCCAUAUUUUUACAUAGGUAUAAGUGAUAACAUAUCCGAAAGAAUAAAAUGUCACACAAGGAAUUUACUAAACAAUAAAAAUCUUUUAAAAAAGGAAAAGAAGAACAAUAUACUAAAUUAUAAAUUUGAUAUGAAUGCUUUUUACACACUUUUAUUUCCUGUAGAAAACAAAUUGCUUGCAUCCAAAUAUGAGCGGGAGUUAUCGGAUUUUAUGAAAACUUCUUAUGACAUAUUGUCCAAGUAG